UGUGUGUGUGUGUGUGCGACGCUGCGUGGGGGUGUUCGCCUGAUGUCAUUUGGUGGAAAGGGAGGCUGAGCUAACGGUGCGCACACGGGUGGAAAGCAUAACAAUAACGUUCCCGUUCAGCAGACACUGUGGGAGCUUGAACGUCGCUGUGGGUUUAACACCGUCUCCUGUCUCCUCACCGCGGACCAGGACCAGAGGAAGAAGAGGAGGUGGAGGUGAAGCUGCUGGCUAACGGACUCCCAGUACCAGAUGCUAUUCCAGCGGAGACGGAGAACGGGCUCGAAUAAGCAAGAGAGGGUGAUGGGUUCUCGUUUUCCUGACGGUUAGCGUCAGACUGUAACUGUGAACCCGCAUACGGAGAAGUGUGGGGACUUGUUUUCCUUUACACCGCUGUUUGUGUAACAUUGUGUCUGAAAUGCUAACGCAGUCGCGGUCUCGGCCGUCGAGCAGCCACUGGGCCGCAGCUCGGCACUCCGAGCCCGAAUCUGGGAAAUAGCUAGCUAGCUACCUGCUAGCCGCAGCUAUACCCGAUGCUGCUGCUGCGGCUGCUGCUGCUGCUAAACGGAUCUAAAGGACAACACAAGUGGUUCAGGGCUCCGGCGCUGAGUGAGGCUUUGUUUUACCUACUGGACUACACCGGGCAUUUGAGAUGUGAUGAUUUUGUGCGUCUUCUUUGAGCCCUUUGUAGUUGGGGGCUCUCGACUGCUUGACGCAAAGGAGCUAACGUUGCUGCAAAAUGCACAGCAGAACCACAACAGCAGGCUCUUGUUGAAGGGGGCGAGGUUAGACUGAUAACAGCCCACCCUGUGUGUUUCAGCUCUCGGGGUCACAUUUGGACAACGACCACCACAUUUUUCCGCGUCAUUCACCGCUUUAUCAGCUGGCGUUAUGGAUAAACUCACGAUCAUUUCAGGGUGCCUGUUUCUGGCAGCAGAUAUCUUUGCAAUAGCCAGCAUUGCAAACCCAGACUGGAUCAACACUGGUGAAUCAGCAGGUGCCCUCACCGUUGGUCUAGUCCGACAAUGUCAGACCAUCCAUGGACGAGAUCGGACCUGCAUUCCACCACGGCUGCCUCCAGAGUGGGUCACCACACUUUUCUUCAUCAUCAUGGGCAUCAUCUCCCUCACAGUCACCUGUGGGCUCUUAGUGGCAUCACACUGGCGCCGAGAAGCCACCAAAUACGCCCGCUGGAUCGCCUUUACUGGCAUGAUCCUGUUCUGCAUGGCGGCGCUCAUCUUCCCCAUAGGUUUCUAUAUUAACGAGGUGGGGGGCCAGCCGUACAAGCUGCCCAACAACACGGUGGUGGGCUCCUCGUAUGUUCUGUUCGUCCUCUCCAUCUUCUUCACCAUAGUGGGACUGCUCUUUGCAGGCAAAGUUUGCCUCCCGGGCUGAGGACCCAGUCUCGCCCGCCUCUGGACUAACACAAGAGGCUCUGAAAAUUUUAUGGGAUUUACAAAACACACAAUGACUGAAAAUCUAAAACAACAAACUCUGACCAGAAGCCUGAAACAGGAAAGUCUGAUUACGUGUCAAGCGACCGCAGCACCACGGAGUAUCUAACUACUAAAAGAUGCAAAUGAACAAAACACUAAGUGGACAUGGGCACAAAUGGGUGGAGGAGUGUGUGAGAGGGCAGCAGAGGCUGUCGCAGCACCCUGCCACUGUUGAUUUAAAAUAUGGCCGGCUGUCUGUUGUUGUUCUAUUGGAAAGGGUGCCUAAUGUGCCGCUGUCAUGGCAACCAUGGCCACAAUGCUGGCACACAUUUCUUGAGGACCACUACAGCCACUCUUCGACUUGACUCCCCGUCGCCUGCCCUGAGUACACAUCCGCGCUGUCACGACCGCUCCUGUUGCUAUUUUUGGUUCCUCUGAGCUAUUUCAGUUGUGUGUUUUUCUGUUGUUGUACAUUUUGUGUUCUCUCUUUUCACCCCCCCCCCCCCCCCCCGUUCUCCCCCGCCGCCUUUCCACUGAAGUAGUUUGAGUGUAAUUGAGGUUCAAUUGAACUGAACCCUCGAGGGGGUCGAAGGGGGGUUUUCUGCCAGCUUGGCUUAAGAACAGGGUUUAUUCUCGCCUGUCUCGUCACCCGGCCCCCCCCAGGUGUUCGCGUAGGUUGUGGAACACAGCUGUGAUGGCAGCUGUCGGGGCCGGCGCGUAGGCUGCUGCGGACGAGAGGAAGGCGCAGGUGUGCUGCCUCGGUCUCCAACCAGCCCAGCUCAGGAGCAGGUAGCAAGUUAGAGAUGACCUCCCUGCAAUCUCUGAGCCGAGAUGGCACAGGAGGUCAAGUACUAUAAAGGAGAAUGCCACUCAAUAUAAGACCAUGCAUAAUGUUACUUAUAUGUUCUACUAGAACCGCAAUAAAGUAUUAGUAAAUGUAGACAGCCGUUUUUCUAAGCUAAACUUAUGGAUAUGUAGACUAAUAACACACUGAUACACAUUAUUUGCCAAUACAUAGAAGACUGUGAAUAUACACAUUAUUAAUCCCAACAUAAACACUUCUUGUAUUUGUAGUAAUAGCCUUUUGGGAGUAUUUUUCAUAGGUGUACAUCGCUGUGGUGUUACAUCUUUAGUGUUCGAGAUGAAGUCAUAUUUCUAAUACAGCAAACAGUAUUGAUUUUUAUAAAUAGGAGCUGAAGUUACCUGAGGUGUGAAAAUAACAUAUGCUGAAAAAUUGGUGGUAUUCUCCUUUAAUGUUGGACAGGAUAUAUGAGCGAGCCAGGAGCAUUUUCGUCUUGUUUUGUAUUAAAAGUGAAGGCACUGGGACUGCAGGUCAGGUCCAUGCAUGGGGCUGGGCCUCAGUGUGCUGCUCUGGGGCUUUGGGAUCAUUUCACACACACACAUACACUCACACUAACGCACCACACCGUCUGUACUGUAAAUCCACAGGCUGCAAAUCAUACACACACACACACACACACGUAGACGCCUCAUCGGUCGCUUCAUUGCAGCUGUGAUAUGUCAGUGCAUUCCCCAGGUCUGGUCUGAGCUGUUCUGUUAACACAUAUGAGUACACAGGGGAGCUGUGGUUUUCCCAGUAAAAAGCACUGUAAGAUUUAUAUUUCUGAAUCAGGUUCAAUAUAGUUUUUAUACGCAUGUUUAUGAUCUAUCUGGGCUACAAACAAAAAUCUUUCUCAUUUUUAACUCAUGUCAUCCCCGAGGGUUGAGUAGCUGUAGUGGAUCACACAGAUCUGAGCAGGUUCAAACACUUUUUAUCCAGAAAAGUAACAGCUCAACCGUUUACCUGUAUGUGUUUAUAGAGCAGUUUUGACGGGUCCUGACGGCUACAAACAUACUGGUGUACAAUCCAGUGACAAAUGUGGCAUCUACGUAUUCAUUUCAAUGCUGCAAGUAAUGCCUAUUUUCCAUCUGGAUUCAUUUUUCUGAUAUUGUUUCAAAUACAUAAAUUCAUUGUUGUUAGAUUUUGUUAAACAUAAUCUGAGGUCAGCAUCAAGUUUUGCCCCAUGAUUAGCUCAUAACCCACUGUUAAACACUUCUACGUAUUGCCAAUCAAUAAAUCAUAAUUUUAUGUGAGAUUAACUAAUUCCAAAAGUCUCCCUGAAUCACAUUGUAGACCACACAUUCACAUUCAGGUUGUGAAUGUUUGACCUUUCAGAGGAAAGAGUGUUUGCAAUAAUUUAUUCCACUUUGUCAUAAACUAGUCAGUAUUGGGGUUUAUAUUAACUGAGGACGUGUACUAAUACACACAUGUCAGUAUUUAUUCAUCACAGCUCAUUUCAUUAUCACAAUAGAACAAUGUUAAUGCACAUCACAGACGUUCAUGAUGCAGAGCAGACUGAAUUUAGUAUUAUGGAAGGCAAAGAAACGCAGCUGUUGGAGUAAUCUGUAAAUGUUUCAGCUCUAUCACAAAUACAUGGUAGCUUGUACUGUACAUUUUUACACAUACAUUCACAUUUGAGGAGCGUCUAGCCUACUGGUGUGUAUGUGUGUGUUUGAAAACAGUCCCAAAGCUCAAUCACUAAGUCUUCGGGUUUUGUUUUGUAUUUCUGUUUCCUGCUCAGCUUUUCUGACUCUCGAUCUGAUGUAAACUGCUAACUGUACGCUCUGCAGUGCCCUGUCUUGGUUGGUUGAGUAUUGUGCCAUGACCUGUUUUUGUUUAAUAAUGUACAGACACAAAAGGCAGGAUCUCUGUAUUAGGAAGCACUGUGCAUUCAACAGUAUAGGUAACAGAAAUAGAAGCACCACAAAUGUAUAAAAAAAAGAGAACUUCUUACCUCAUUGUUUUUGUUUCUGCUAUUAUUUUCUAAUGGUGGCAAUGUGUGCCCUCUAAUUUGUCUCUUGCCUUGAUCGGAUGUCUACACAUAAAGCCUAUGAUCAUAGGAAAUUAUUUAUCACUCAAUAAAAAGAGAAAAAUGGGUGUGUGUGACUAUGA